AUGCGCAUCUUCGGACGCAACUUCCUGUUCGGGGCACCGACUUCGACAGAGGCACCUGAUGUCGAAAAACAUGGCACGACGAGUGAUAGCAAUGUUUCCCUGGAUGAUCUCCCACCUAAACUUGUCAAGUUCCAGCAACAGAUUGGCAUUUACUCUCCAGGUCUCCUCACUACCUCGACUCUUGCCCGACCAGCCGUCAACGAAGGAAUCUACAAGCGAACUGUUCGUGAGGAGCAGAAAGUCAAACGGCGAUACAAUCUUAGUUCCAAUGCAGUCAAUGCUUUCUUCCUCUUACAAAUCGUUGUUGGUGCCGCACUCACAGCCCUUGGCGCAGCUGGCGGCCCAAGUGGUGCUGUCACCGUUCUAGGCGCUCUCAACACCGUCGUUGCUGGCCUAUUGACUUAUCUCAAAGGCCAAGGUCUGCCUCAGAGGGUGGAACAAUAUCGCCAUCUGCUCCGGAGUCUGCGAGAACACAUCGAGAAGCGAGAGCGUGAGUUCCUCGAGCCGGAUUGUCCGCUGGAUGUUGAUGAGGAGAUCGAUCGUACCGAAAAGAUGUACCAGGAAGUGAGGCAGUCGGCACAAGAUAACGCCCCGGGCAAUGUCCUGCCUCCUAGAGGCAUCAUCAACAGCAUUUUGAAAAAACCCGACAUCAACCGCAGUGAUGUUCCUGCACCAUUGGGUGAUAAAUCAGCAAGCUCGGUUUUCAAAACAGGAAUGCAGGAUCUAUCCAUAAUCAGAGAUACGGCAACGUCGGCUCCCAAAUCAGAGUUGCAGAAAGCGAAACACGAAGUUGAAGAGCUCAGAGACGAAGCGAUCGGGAUCGAGACUAUAGCCAAAGACACUUUACAAAGACUUACGGGUCACCAUCAUGAAGGGGAGAAGAGCAGUUCGGCGGAUGACAAAAGUAAGCAGUGA